AUGGCAGAGCACCCACGUGGGCCUCCUGCAGAAACGCAGCCAAGCACUACACUUGACAGUAUCAACGCCAUCUUUGCAGCAUUUUGGCUUCCUCUGGAGAACAGACUAAGAGGCUCCCCCCUGCCCACACAAUGCCCUUCAUCUGCCGAUGGCCCAGAAGGAAUCUCAACCGGGCAGACGCCCACCAAAGACGCCCAAAUUCGACGGGACAUGCACCAACAGCCCCCUAAACCAGAGGCUGAAAAUCCUACCAACCAACAAGGAGCUACUGUAACCAGGAUUGAGGAGAAUGCCAACCGCUCUCACGCCAAGGACCACCCAAAAGCCGAUCCGGGGUUGGAGUGGUGA